UUUAGAUCCAUUCCAUUCUCCUUUUUUUUAUAUUUGAAAGAAGAAUGUCCACGACCACAUUGAAUUUAUAUUGGGAUCUAGCGUCGUUGGAUGUCAAGACUCGACAACAAGCCACAGUAACAUUAAUCAGGACAUUGGCAGAUUUCCAACAACAACAUGAAAAGAGUUUGGAUUCCAUGGACGAUAAUGGUAUUGCGGAUACAGAAGAAAAAUUGGAUAUAUUAUGUGCUUCCGAUGUUUCUUAUGCUGUACGUCGUUUAUUACGUGGUUUACCUUCUUCACGUCAAGGUGCUCGUCAAGGUUUCUCUCUAGCACUAACCGAACUUUUGUCCAUUAUUGAUUGUAUCGGCACCAACUUGGUCUUGGAUCUCCUUUGUCAAUAUACAGAACGUACAAAUGGCAUGUCUGGUGAAGAAGUACGAGAUAUGUUGUUUGGUCGACUCUUUGGGAUCAUGGCUAUUGUUGCUUCUGGUUUACUUACUCGAUCUUCUUCUACAUCAGUUGAUGAUGUUCUCCGUAUCCUUGAUCUUGUUUCUGAAAUUGCAAACGCUAAAACGUAUUUGAACGAAGUCUGUUAUCAUGUUAUCAUCAAUAUGUUACCUCAUGUCAACAAAAUGGAAAAAAAGGACCAAGUGAUGGAUAAAAUCAUGACUUUAUUUUUACGUGAAAGUAUCGCCAAUGUGGAUGAAGUAAACUUAACUUUGGCUAUUCAACAACAAGUUUCUGAUGUGGAUCUAUCUCGUGCCUUUAAAGGAUGGGCUAGUCAAAAUGUAUUUGAUCGUGCUAAUCUUCCUCAUGUAGCCUUGAUUGUUCGAGAAGUACCUAUUGAAAACAAUGAUAAUCAAGUAGAUUGGACUCCUCAAUUACAUUCAAUUUGGGAUCGUCUUUUGGCUCCUCUUUUAUCCAUGGAAAACAAUAACAACAAAAUGAAUGCUUCAUUCCAUGAAUUCUGGUCUAUCGUUGUUGAUGCUAACAUGUUUGGCAAUCAAGCUAGUCAUGGUCGCAAAUAUUGGGGUUUCCAAAUCGUCAACAAAGUACUUCCUCAAUUAUCUACUGACCAAAUGCCUUUGAUCUUUACAGAAAACUUCAUGCGUACAUUCAUCAACAACUUGUCAUCAGAAGUCCGAUUCUUGAACAAGGCUGCUCGUCAAACCGCCAUCACCAUCCAAAAAGUAGCAGAACAAAACAAACAAGUUGGUUUUGCUAUGGUAUCUCAAUUGAUCGGGAAAUAUGGUAAUCAUCAAUUUGAUCGUAUCACAAAAACGAAGACAGUUGAAAAUUUGUUGGCCACCAUGGAUGCUACGGGUAUCCGGCAUUAUUUGGGUUAUCUUGCUCGACUGUUUGUGAACAACAAUGCUACAUCGGAUGAUACUCAUCAUCAACGUCCUAUUGUCGAAAUACAGCGUGAAUGGGCUCUUCAACAAAUGCUUCUAUUGGUUCAUCAUCCUAAAACACCCAAGGACGAAACCUGGAUCAAAGAUAUCAUUCAAUUUUUCUUGGUUUAUACCUUUUUCGAUGUCAACAAUGAUGAAUCCAACAAUAAGAAGAAGGCCAAGAAAUCCAAGAAAGACACCACAGAAGUCGAUUAUUUUGUAGAGUAUCAAUGUCCUAGCCCAGCUUUAUCCGAAGCCACACGUUCUAUCUGUAAAUCCAAAUUCCAAGCCUUGGUACUCGCUCUUUCCAAGUUACCACCCUCCAAGAAGGUCGAAACUGGUCAUCUCAAGACACGUCGAUGGAAUGGAGCCACUAAUGAUGGUCAAUUAUGGGCCGAGAUCGUAUAUCAACAGUACCAACAUCUUUUGAAGAAAAACAACAAAAAAUCCACCAACACAUUGACCCUUCAUCAUCAACAUCAAAAAGAAGAAGAAGAAGAAGAUAGUGACAAGGUGAUCAAGGAGACACUUAAGGUGAUUGAAGGAUUGAAACAACAAGUCAAAGAUGGUGAAGAAAAUGUAGCCUAUGGUUUUGAAAUUUUGUUUUAUCAUGUGUUACUUCAUUCCUUGAUGGAUCAAGAAGAAGGUGUAGGAUUACUUGGUGAUCUAUUGAACUGUUAUGAAAAAUUGGCUCAAGAUAUCAAGAACAAGAACAAGAAGAAUGCCAAAGUUGAACAACAAGAUCAAGAACCUGAAGCAAUUGAAGUGAUUGUGGAUAUCCUAUUGAGUUUCCUGACCAGUGCCUCACCUAUGCUUAAAGGUAUCUCCGAAUAUGUAUUUGAACUCUUCUCUCAUUUGUUAACGAAACAAGCCAUGGAAAACUUGAUCAAUAUUGUUAUCACGGAUGAAAACAAACAAGGUGGUGAAGAAUUAUUUGGUGCCGAAGAUGACGACGAAGAAGAAGAGGAUGAUGAUGAUGUGGAAAUGAUUGACGGUGAUGAUGAUGAUGUGAUGGAAGAAGAUGAAGAUGAUGACGAAGAAGAAGAUGAAGAUGAUGACGAAGAAAAUGGAGAAGUGGAUGAAGAACUUCGACAAAAACUGGAAGAAGCCAUGCGUAACCAAGGAAUUCUAGGCGAUAACUCUGAUGAUGAAGAAUUAUUGGACGAUGAAGCGAUGGAAGCGUUUGAUGAAAAACUAGCCGAGAUCUUCCGACAAAAGAAGGUGGAAAAGCAAAACAAGAAGAAUAUGCAAGAAAGUGUGGUCCAUUUCAAGAACAAUGUGAUGGAUUUGAUUGUUCUCUUUGCUCGUCGUAACCCUACCAAUCCUCUUGUGCUCGACACCAUUGUUCCUCUUCUUCAAGUGGUACAAACUACUCCCUCCAAGGCGUCCGUGGCCCAAUUUGUCAACAAGGUAGAAUCUUAUUUGAAGAACAAACUUGGCAAGGCCACUGAAGUGCCUGUGUAUGGUUCCUAUGAUGAUUCUGUGUUAUUGGAUAUUGUGAACUCGAUUCAUGCAUUUUCGGUCAGUACGCAUGGUGCAGGCAAAGCACAUGGUGAUAUGUGUUCUCAACUUUUACUUUUCCUCCGCCGGUGUAUUGUGGGCUCUGGUAGCGACAUCUCAGUGAAUGUUCUCAACAGUGACAAAAAAACAAAACAACAAGGUCGUGUGUUGGCUCACUAUAUGGAACGAUACCAAGCCAGUCUUGUCUCGUUUUUGGCCAAGAAAUCCAAUCCUCUCCAUACCUCGUUCUUUGUCACUUUUCUGCAACGUUAUCCUUUGACUUGUUGGGAUUCUUUUCUUCCCUCAUUACUUCCAUUUAUUCAAUCUGAAGCUUGUGCUAACACUUUCCGUCAUUCUUUGGCUUGUCAAUGGUCUGGUAUUCUUAUUCAACAAUGUGUUACCAAGAAAAAUAAGGAAAUAGAUCAAGCAUUUUUAAAGACUAUUUUACCCACAUGGAUGACUCAAAUUCAACAAGCCAUCAAGAAAAUCACUACCAGUACUGAUGUGAACACUCAAAUAUCUAGUAACAAUGAAAGGUUGAAAUCAUUGAUGAAAUUGGCCAGUUUGAUGGAUAAAACAGCAUCUCGGUUGGGAAAUAAGAUCACUACUUGGGAUACGGAUUUAUUCACCACACUUUCCACAGACAAGACUUGGGCCACUCCUGUUGUUCGAACCACUUGCAAAGCUAUUCUUGAUAGAUCAUAGAUUCGUUUUAUUUUUAAAUUUCUCACAUCCCGCAUAUACUCUUAUUGGUACCAUCAUCAUCAUCAUCAUCAUCAUUAUAUUAUAUUUUAUUUUUUUUUUACUAUCCAUUUUUUCACCUUUAUUUUUGUAGUAUUACCC